CCUUAAAAUGUUUGUAUAACUUUCUAGUUUUUUUUUUUUUUUAAUUUCUUUUUCUUGAUUUUGCCCUCAUUAUGUAUAAAAAAUAAAAUAAAAUAUCUCUGUCUGCUCCUCCUCUAUAUUGGACCUUUUCAAAAUGUAUAUUCCAAUUAAAAUAGUAUUUUAAAGAAUCUUGCUUAAACAAGACCAAACCUUCUUUCUUUCUCCUAUACUUAAUUAAUUUUUCCAAAUUAGUACAAAUUCUUCUCUAUAAACCCCUCAUACAAAAAUUCUCUCCCUACAACAAAACAUUCCAUUACGCCGUAAUGGGUUCCGAAGGUGAUGACACGAAAAACGAUACAGUUCAACUCCAAUCCAAUAACCAACUUCAAACUCAUUUUGUUUUACCCGAAAAUCACGCUAACGGCCAAGAAACCGUUACUAACAACAACCAAAUUACUAGCUCCCACCAUGGAGGUGCAAAUAGCAAAAACGAUGACACCAUAGGGUUUAUGUUUAUUCCUCAUCAUUCACUUCUCCCGGUUCCAGUUCCACCGGAGAUAUAUCAAACCAAUAAAAACAACGAAUCUCCGACUAGUCUCUCCGUCGCCGAAACCAUGCCGGAUUUCGGUACUUUCAUCCGUCAGCGGAGCAACGAUUUAUCAGCAGCGAUUGCGAAACGAGUUUCAUCGUUUCGUCAAUCGAUGGAGGAUAAUUUGAAUUCGAACGAGGUUGAGAUUGAAAAUAACGAUCGGAGUCAUGAAGUGACGGAGUAUAAUCUUUCAGGAUUAAAGGUUUUUGUGAAGGUGAAACCGGAAGAAGAAUCGGAAAUGAAAGGAAGAAUCACGUUCUUCUCGAGAUCAGGUUGCAGAGAUUGUACAGCAGUGAGAAGAUUCUUCAAAGAGAAAGAGAUUAAGUUCGUUGAAAUCAACGUUGAUGUGUUUCGUGAGAGGGAGAAGGAGUUACGAGAACGAACGGGAAAUGUUACGGUGCCGAUGAUUUUCUUCAACGAGAAGCUUAUCGGAGGAUUGGUGGCGUUGAAUUCACUGAGAAAUAGCGGUGAAUUUGAACGGAGGUUGACGGAGAUGGUGGUUGAGAAAUUUGCCGGCGAGGAUACGCCGUUACCGCCGGUUUGCGGUUAUGAUUAUGUUGAAGAUGAUCGGACGGAUGAGAUGGUUGGAGUUGUUAGGAUUUUACGGGAGAAGUUGUUGAUUCAAGAUCGGUUGCGGAGAAUGAAAAUUGUUAAGAAUUGUUUUGAAGGGAACGAGUUUGUGGAGGUUGUUGUUCAACACUUCAAGUGCGCGCGUAAUGAGGCUGUUGAUAUCGGAAAAGAGUUGUCCAGGAAGCACUUCAUCCAUCAUGUUUUUGGGGAAAAUGAUUUUGAAGAGGGAAACCACUUUUAUCGUUUCCUCGAGCAUGAACCCUUUAUCCCCAAAUGCUUUAAUUUCCAUGGUGCCUUAAAUGACAAGGAACCAAAGACAGCAGCUUCAAUUUGUGAAAGGCUUACCAAGAUUAUGUCUGCCAUUCUUGAGUCUUAUGCUUCUGAUGAUAGGCAACAUGUUGAUUAUGGAGCCAUUAGCAAAAGCGAAGAAUUUCGUAGGUAUCUAAACAUGACUCAGGAUCUGCAGCGAGUAAAUAUCUGCGAACUAUCAGAAAAUGAGAAGCUUGCCUUCUUCUUAAAUUUGUAUAAUGCCAUGGUCAUCCAUGCUGUCAUUAGCGUAGGGAGUCCAGAAGGAAUAAUCGAUCGGAGAUCCUUCUUCAAUGAUUUCUUGUAUUUGAUUGGAGGACACCCUUAUUCUCUUUCCAUCAUUGAAAAUGGUAUUCUCAGAUGUAAUCAGAGGUCACCAUAUUCCUUAAUGAAGCCCUUUAGCACCGGAGAUAAGCGGUUAGAGGUUGCUCUUGUCAAGUUGAACCCGUUAUUUCACUUUGGACUUUGUAAUGGUACAAAAUCUAGCCCAAACGUGAGGUUCUUUUCACCUAAUAGAGUUGUAGAUGAAUUAAGAGGUGCUGCAAGAGAGUUCUUUGAAAAUGAUGGAAUUGAAGUGGACCUAGAGAAGAGAACGGUUCAUCUCGCGUGCAUUUUCAAGUGGUUCGGUGGGGAUUUUGGACAAGACAAAGAUAUGCUACUUAAGUGGAUACUUAAUUACUUGAAUCCAAAUAAAGCAGGUCUUGUGACACAUCUCUUGAGUGAUAAUGGACCUGUUAAUAUAUCUUACCAGAAUUUUGAUUGGUCAAUAAAUUCUUGAGUAGUGGCAAACCAGCUUAUUCCAGCCAAAGGAAAUAAUUUAAGUGAUAUGAUAUCAAAAAAGAUAGUUCAUAGAUGCUUUUAUCAGUAGUGCAGAUCAGUGUUAUACAGAAAUUCUAGAUAGUACAGUUUAAAUUAUUACUGUAUUAUUCUUUUUCAAAAAAUGAAGUUUGAGUAUGAAUAAAUAUAAGUUCUUAGGUAGGAACAGAUUAUGUAGAGGAAUUACUAGAUAACACUGUAGCCUGCUUUGGAAGUUAAAUUAGGAAUCUUGUGCAGACUAGAAUCUUCUUCUGCUGCUAAAUUUUAUUUUAUAGAAUACAAGCCUAAAAGGCUAAAGCUAUAUAUAAUGUAACUUAAACUUAUAUCAUGUACUUGUUUGGUGUUUCGAGGAUGUUCA